AAAAAACUCAUCAAGAAAUACAGUAGGGAUCGUGUUGGACUGGAACAACAUUUGGAUCACGACAGUUGCCAUCGUGAAGUCUAGUACUGUAUUAACAAAAGUUAAUUUUCCAAUCUUGCAGUCAUGGUUCGUGCUUUCAUAAAGGGCGGCGUGUGGAAGAACUCGGAGGACGAGAUCCUGAAGGCUGCUGUGCAGAAGUACGGAAAGCAACAAUGGGCACGGGUCGCGUCCCUCCUGAAUCGGAAGACAGCCAAACAAUGCAAGGCGCGAUGGCACGAGUGGCUUGAUCCAUCCGUCCGCAAGGUAGAAUGGAGUCGCGAGGAGGAAGAAAAGCUAUUGCACCUUGCCAAACUGAUGCCAGCUCAAUGGAAGACUAUCGGACCACUCGUUGGGAGGACAGCUACGCAAUGCCAAGAGCACUAUGAAAAGCUGCUGGACGAAGCCGCGGCCGCGUCCGGAAAAGUCAGCGGGGAAGAUGAAACCGCCGGUGCAACUGCCGAUAUUCGUCAACAGCCCCUGCGGGUGGGCCAGAUCGACUCGCACCCCGAAACGAAACCAGCCCGACCAGACCCAAUCGACAUGGACGAGGACGAGAUCGAGAUGCUUCAGGAGGCAAGGGCGCGAUUGGCCAACACACAGGGUAAAAAGGCGAAGCGAAAGGCGAGAGAGAAAAUGCUGGCCCAGGCCAAACGAAUGGCCGACCUGCAAAAACGACGAGAACUCAAACAGGCAGGACUUAUUUCCGGCCAGGCCAAGAAGAAAGCCCGCAGACGGUUGAAAGGUGGUGACAUUGAUUUGGGCAUUGAGAUUCCCUUUCACAAGCAAGCUCCGGCAGGUUUUCACGACGUGUCGCAAGAGGUUGUCAGAUCAGAAGUACUGCGGGCGAAGCAAGCGAAAAGGGUUGACUUCCAAAAAUUGAACGAACAGCAGUAUCGAUCAAGAGACGAGGAACAACAAAAAGCCAAGAAACGAGAAGAAUCGCGGUUGCGGGCGCUUGAAAAGUCGAACAUGGACUAUGUGGUAGCACAAGUGAGCAAAACAAACGAUCCUUUGAAUAUAAGGAAACGGGGACCCCUCUCGCUACCAGCUCCUUCCUUGAGUGAUCGCGAGUUGCAGACUCUAGCAAAGAUGGAAGAAGCAGCGACAACGCCCGCUGCUAUCGCGUCCACCUCGAAAGGUGCAACAUCCACACUGCUGGCUGAUUAUUCUGAUCGGCCCCUCCCGACUCCGAUGCGAACACCUGCAGUGGCGUCUGGUGUCGCAAGCAGCGGCGAAUCCAAACAAAAGAGUAUCAUGCGAGAGGCCAGCAACUUGCGCAUGCUGGAGCGUGGGCAGACACCUCUUUUGGGCGGAGAGAAUCCUUUAUUGGAAGAACGACUCGGAGAGGCAGAUGACGGCACGGCCAUGGAUGGAAAGCCAAGGGCGAGACCAAUGACACCAGGCGGCCCGUCCUCCGCUGCGGCUGUUACCCGCGAUCACUUUGGUCUCAACCAGCGUCCGCAAUCCGAGUCGCGAGGAGGAUUCGCCGACGAUGGUGCCUCUGUCGGAGCAUCGACGUUUGCGACUUCUACAACGGCCGGGAUGUUGACCGCUGCAUCUUCCAUUCGAGAUUUGGCACGAGCCGAACGGCGAGCCGCUAAACGUGCACGCCGUGAGCUGGAGGAAGCCCUAGCGGCUCUUCCAGCCCCUCAGUUUGAGUAUGAAUUAGAGGCACCUACCACCAUUGGCGACGACGACCACGAGGGGAAGGUCGAAACAGUCAUGGAAGAAGAUAUGGCUGACGUGGAUGCUGAAGAGAAGCGUCGAUUGCAGGAAGAAGCUGAUAAACUCUAUGAAGCGCGAUCUAGUGUUGUAAAGCGGCGUGAUCUACCUCGUCCAGUAGGUGUACCCCCGGACAUCAAGAGUCUUAGUGAGACAGGAGUGAGCGAUCAAAGUGUAGCCGAAGCUCUGAUUGACGAAGAACGAUUGACUUUGUUGAAGCACGAUGCCUUUGCCUUUCCGGUGGAAACACCCCUGCCUUUCCUGGGUAGUGGUGAAAAAAAGGGGAAAAAGAAGAAGAAGAAGCAGGACAAGACGGAGUCUUUUGUUCUGGAAGCAACACAUUUGGAACCUAUAUCUGAAGCAGCGUUGGAUGCUGCCAAAGAACUCAUACAACUCGAGUAUGAUCGAGAUUUGAAUGAACGGUCGCAAUCACUCCUACCGAGCGGGAAUACCAUGGAUCAAGCAAUGCGAUUGGUUUUGGCAGAAAUGUCGAAUUCUGCCAAGGAAAAUCCGUCUUCCAGAGAUGUAUUCGUCUCGAAUAAAUGGAAAGAUUCCAGAGAAGACAAUGCCUUGUUGGCUGAAAGUUUGGCACAGGAGUUUGAGACCAUCGAAGAAGCUACAUCUGCCUUGCACAAGAGAAACGAGAAGCUCGAGUCGAAGCUGGCUCUUUUGACGGGUGGUUUCGCCAAGCGAGCUAAGAACACGUCUGCAGGAAUCUUAAAUCUGCAUCGUGACAUGCUAAAUGCCUGCAUUGAACUAGGAGUUUACAAAAAGUUGAGUGAGCAGGAAGAGUUAGGUGCUGUAUCAAGAAUUGAUCGUUUGCAAUUGAGCAUCUCAAAACUCAAGGAAGACGAGGAGCGCCUAAAAAGUCUUCAUAACUCGUUACUCGCUCACUAGCGUGUCAGCGAGUGAUGUGUACACGACUUUGUGUCCAUAGUUUGAGCUGCCAGUAAUCUCUAGAUAGCCAAACUACGGGAAAAGAAAUCAACCUAAAAACAUAUU